AUGAUGAGCGUUGAUGAACAAAUAAUACCUUUCAAAGGAAAAUCAUCACUUAAACAAUAUAAUCCUAAAAAGCCAAAGAAGUGGGGAUACAAAGUUUUUGUGUGCUCAGGUAGCACUGGCCUCAUUCACAAUUUUGAGUUCUAUGUCGGCCAAAUCCAACCUUGCCCUGGAAAAACUGAUCUAGGUGCAUCAGGCAAUAUAGUUUUUAGACUUAUGCAAGAUGUUCCUAGACAUUGCUGGCAUCAGGUAUUUUUCGAUAAUUGGUUCACUUCUAUUCUCCUCCAAGUGCUAUUAUGGAAAGAAGGAAUAGCGAGCGUGGGAACUGUCCGUCCCAAUCGUUUAAAAGGCUGCACAUUUCCUCCAGACAAAGAGCUAUCAAAAAAAGGAAGAGGUUCUGUUGUACUGAAAACCGGAGUUUUUGAUGGUGUGCAGCUGAAUGCUGUCAGAUGGAUGGACAACAAAGCUCUGACUCUUCUUAGUACCUUUGCUGCAGUAGAGCUAGUAAAAAAGGUCAGAAAAUGGGACAAGAAAGAGAAGAAGGAUAUUGAGGUGGAAUGCCCUUCCAUCAUUAUUCUGUACAACGCCUUUAUGGGUGGUGUGGACCUAUUGGAUUCCCUGGUGGCAUUAUACACAUCAGAUCCAAAAAGUAGUACCACCGAAUCACUUUUCAUAUCUUCGAUUUGGCUGUAG